UCCGAAGUUAAUAAGAUUGUCGCUUAGUAAAGAAAGAAAGAGCCGUCGAGAAUGAAGGAUCAGAGAAACCGGAUCGUGCGUCGCCCAAAGAGCAAACUUGGUGUUUAUGUGCAGAGCCAACUUGAUCGGUUUAGGAUGAACCGACCAGCGAUUUGCGGUUUCUUCGUAUCGGGUCGCACGUGCAGUGCUGGUGAUGAAUGUCCUUUCUCACAUAGUUUUCCCAGAAACUCACAUACUAGUUUAACUGAUCCAAAUCCAGAUCCGGGAACCGUUGAUUUACUGUUUAAAAUGGUUUACAUGGGCCCUUUGGAUCCACCAAGGGAUCAAACCGUUAAAACCCUCUUCAUCCGUCGUCUCAACUCCAAUGUCCACGAGGAGCACCUACGUGAUCGUUUCUCUCCUUAUGGAGAGAUCGAAUCUAUUGUCUACUUUGGCAUGAGAGGUGUGAGUUGUGCUUUUCUCACCUACACCACCCGACAAGCUGCAGAGAAGGCCAUGCUAGAGCACUCCUCAUGGGUUGAUGUCAACGGUCAGAUGCUUAAACUGUUAUGGGGAACACAUCGGAUCCCGAAAGACGCUGAACUAGUUGGAGGAUCUAACCUGGUCAAGAAUGAUGGUGGUGGUUUUGCUUGGGUUAAGGAGAAGAAAGAUGGUGGAGAGGUUCCAUACUGGUGCAAACGAGGUUAUGGCAGUUCUGAACAGCUUGGUGGUUGGGGGUUUGAUGGAAGAAGAGGAUGGGAUGCUGGCAUUGGCGGUUCAAACUGGGCUAAAGUGAAUGAUGUUGGUGGUUUUGGCGAAUGCUUAAACUGGGGUAGGGCAAACGAUUAUAUCAAGCUGGGGGAAGGACAAUUAUUCUAGUGGGGGAUCUAACUGGGGCAACCAGGUCGUUCAGGAUGGUUGUGGUUUUGCUUGGGGUAGCCAGAACAACAACUAUGGUGGUGGGGGUCCAAGCUGGUCCAGUCUAGGUGAUGGCGGUCGCGGGUUUGGUGGACGAAGAGGAGACUGGGGUAGCUGGGAUUUUAGUUCCAAGAAUGAAACCAACACUGGUGUAGGCUGGGAAACCAACACUGGGGAUGCAAACCAAACGCAGGAGCGUCGUCAUCAAGUGUAGGGCUGGGUUCGCGGGUCAACCAGUCCCGCAUGAACCAUUUACCCGCGGAUCGACUCUAUUUUUUAAACUCAAAAUUCCGACCCGCAUAACCCGCGAAAGAAAAAUAGUAUACCCGCACCCGCCCCGCUAAGAUUGCGGGUAACC